GCCUGCCUGAUACGCUUUCUGGAUCCUGGAGAAAACUGACCUCUAUUCUCAUAAUGGUGCAACAUCUUCCAAGACUUCAAAAAGCUGUACCAUUUGAGCCAGUCUUUUUUCUUGUCUCCACCUGCUAGGGCUGUCAUUGGGACAGUCCUGGAGGGUGGUGCCAAUGGAUGAAUGGAUGGAUGGACAGUAGUCCAGGCAUGAUGUCCCUGUCUGUCCUGAACCGGGCCCUUCCUCCAAUGAGAAGCCUUCCUGAGCUGACUUGGGGACAGUGGCUAUGGUACGGGCGGUGUUGGCCUCUGGGCAGCUACUGAGGAGGAGGGUCAUCCCUGAGCACUCACAGGGAGCCCGUUCUACACUGCCUGUAUAGAUGAUUUUCUCUUUCGUCCUCACAGUGGCUUCGUAGAGUGGGUGCUGUUCCCGAAUGUACCCAUUCGACAGGAUGAACGUGGUGGAGGACGUGGAGAGUUGGCGGGCGCGGGAGCGAGAGGACAUCAUCAGGGAAUAUGAAAAGGGGCACCGAGCCGGGCUGCCAGAGGACAAGGAGCCUGUGUUUAUCGGAACGUUCGAACGUGUGGAUCCGUUUGGGGCAAUUGUGUAUGAGACGGAGCUGCCUCCUCUGACUGCGCGGGAGGCAAAGCGAAUUCGGCGGGAGACGAGAAACAGCAAGUGGCUGGAGAUGCUGGGCAAAUGGGAGACGUACAAGAACAGCGAAAAGCUCGUAGAUCGCACAUACAAGGGGAUUCCCAGGAACAUCCGGGGCCGGGCAUGGUCAGUCCUCCUGAACAUUCAGGAAAUCAAAUCAAAAAACCCCGGCAAAUACAAGCUCAUGAAGGAGAAGGGCAAGAGGUCAUCUGAACACAUCCAUCAGAUCGACCAGGAUGUUAGCAGGACUCUCCAGGACCAUGUCUUCUUCAGGCGUCGAUAUGGAGCCAAGCAGCGGGAACUCUUCUACAUACUCCUGGCAUAUGCGGAGUAUAACCCGAAUGUGGGCUACCGCGGGAACCUGAGCCACGCCGCCGCCUUGUUCCUCCUGUAUCUGCCUGAGGAGGACGCAUUCUGGGCACUGGUGCAGCUGCUGGCCAGUGAGAGGCACUCCCUGCAGGGAUUCCACAGCCCAAAUGGCGGGACAGUCCAGGGGCUCCAAGACCAUCGGGAGCAUGUGGUUCCCACGUCACAACCCAAGACCAUGUGGCAUCUGGACCAGGACAUAGACGCUGGUCUAUGCGGGAAGCAUCUCUCGUUAGGCUGGCUUCUCCGGACGUUAAUGAAGAUCUCUCUCAGGCUGACCCUGCGCCUGUGGGACGUUUACCUGCUACAAGGAAAACAAGCACGGAUGCACAUGACCAGCAUUGCGUUCGAGGUGCGGCAGAAUCGCUUCAAUAAGACGAGUUCCGGCCUGUGCGCAUGCAUCGCGAGCCGGUUCUGCCAUCACUGGGCCAGGGAUGAUGACAGGGUGCUCAAGCACCUCAGGGCCUCUGUGAACGAACGACGGAGGAAGCAAGCGGACCUGCCACCCCCAGCCAAAGCCGAGCAAGGGUCCUCGGCACCCAGGCCUGUGCCGGCUUCACGUGGCGGGAAGACCCUCUGCAAGGGGGACAGGCAGGCCUCUCCAGGCCCACCAGCCCGGUUCCAGCGGCCCAUUUGGUCAGCUUCCCUGCCAGGGGCACCUCGUUCUUCCACACCCUGUCCUGGUGGGGCUGUCCGGGAAGACACCUAUCCUGUGGGCACUCAGGGUGUGCCCAGCCCGGCCCUGGCUCAGGGAGGACCUCAGGAUUCCUGGAGAUUCCUGCGGUGGAACUCCAUGCCCGUGAAGGUUUUGACGACACCAUGAGCCUGCUUUUGUACU